AUGAAUGGAACCCCUUCUCCCGGAAUUCACCCUGUGGCCAUGUCACGUCCCCAAGUCGGCAUUGAGCGCCUGCCGACGCGGCGACUAAGCAAUGAGCCCCGGGAGUCCAUGAACUGCAAGUCAUGCCGCAAGCGCAAGAUCAAGUGUAACCGGCUACGCCCAUCCUGUGAAGCCUGUCAAGUUUUCCAGUGCCCUUGCGUAUACGAUGCCGUGCCCAAAAAGCGUGGACCAAAGACAGAUGUAUUGGAAGCACUGCUGAAGAGGGUCGAUGGGUUGGAGGCAAAAUUAAAAGAGAAGAAUGCUGGGGAGCAGACCCCAACCACGCCAACCGCCGCAGGAAUCAAGGACGAAGAAACCUCACGAGCAGACAAUGUACCCGACGACGACUCAAAUCCCAAGCGUAUAGCACUAGACCCGAAAGUGGACGUCGAUGAGUCCGCCGUUUACUCACCGGCCCCGGCGAGUGAGCCUUCGCCACCUACCGUUCAGCCCGAUGCGUUGCUAGACACCUACUUUUCGAGGUUUCACUCUAAGCCCUACCACAUUUUGGAUGAAUCUUCGGUCCGGCAACGACUCCAAUUAAACCAACUACCAAAUUACUUAGUCCAUGGGAUCUAUGCCGUUGCGGCAAGAUAUACACCGCAUCCUAGUGGCUAUCAGUCUGCUGUACAUCUGAGUGAAGACUUCGCUUCGCGUGCAAGGGCAGAGAUUGACACCGAUGAGCCUUCAGUCGACGCGUUGCAGGCUCUGCUUUUGCUAGUUAUUGCAUUCACUGCAGCAGGCAAAGGCAAGAGGGCGUAUAUGCUGAUGACGAAUGCGGUUGGUAUGGCAAUGGCUCUCGAAACUCAUCGCGAGAUGGACAACAAUGCACGCGUCACGCCAGUCGAGCGAGAAAUGAGGAGGAGGAUUUUCUGGACAUGCUAUCUGCUCGAUCGUUUCCUGGCAUGCGGUUCCAAGCGUCCCUCUCUCAUCGGCGACAAGACCAUCCUUCUCCGGCUUCCCUGUUGGUCACCGAACCCUUCCGUACCCCCUAUCGACGGCGAAUUCUUUCAGUCUGGGUCCAAUCUGCAGUUCCUUCAGGGAAGUGGGAAGAAGUCUCAAGGCAGCACGGGAAUGCUCAUUGACAUUAGCCGCAUUCUUGGUAUAACAAAUCGCUACCUGGCAGCAGGAGGGGUGAAGGGCGACUCGCACUUUCCGUGGCAUUCGCUCUCAAACUUGUCCAAGAUUCGUCAAGAUUUGGACAUUUGGGCUUCCGGCACCGAGGACGUUUUCUCAAGUCUCGAUACGCUGUUUGGUCAACCUGAUUCGACUAUUUUGGUCCUGAGCAAACUCAUCUACCAUCUGAUUCACUGUCUCAUUUACCGACCAUUUCUACCCAUCGACCUGGCCGAGCUCGCUGGAACCGGUCAGCACCACUCUUGGCAGAUUGAAGCGACAAACAUGUGCUUUCUGCACGCGAACGCCAUCUCCGAGCUUGUCGAACUCGGAAAGCAGACCGGCACAAUCGAAUGGCCGGCUUUUGUUGGCUACUGCAUAUGCACCGCGGGUACAGUCCAUAUCCACGGUGCCCAUUACAACAAGAAUGGCAAUGGCGACUCGACUGUGUUCAGCUUGUCAGGAGAAUUUCUGUCCAGAGAGAUGCAGCAGCUGAGCGAGCUGCGAUAUGCUUGGGCAAGUGUCCAACAUCAGAGGGAAACCCUGCAGGGAAUCUACAAUGCUCAUUCCGAACUUGUCAAAAGCCUUGCAAACAAUCCUCUGCGCUACUCUCCGGCAUUCCACCUCGAGGAUUUCUUUGAUCGCUACUCCAACAUUGGCGGACCUGGCGGCCAGACAUUCAAUUUUGACGCGGCAAACCUGAGCCUUUCUGAUGUGGUUGUCGACUUCACUACAGACACAUACACGGGCCACGAUCUAUACGCGCCUCGUGCCAACAGUAUGAACGAACCCGAGCGACCGAGCCUCAAGCGCAAGAACACAGCUCCUUCUGGCCGGAAGCGUCCAGAUGCAAAGGUCCUUUCGCCGCUCAGUACGAGCAAUAUCGCGCGUCCGCAUGGCCUGCCGACGCCUUCUCACGUUCGUCAUUCCUUUUCACACCCGACCCCGACGAUGGCGUCUCACCCGUCACCGGCACUACUGGCGACGCCUGUAUCCCUGCCUCCUCACCCCGAGACAAUGGAGCACCGUUCGAUGUCUGCGUCACACAGCCAAUAUGACGAAGCUGCGGCCACCAAUGCGGCCGUAGCAGCGGCGGCUGCGGCAGGAUUCUCCCUCGGACCUCAGAGCCACCAACAAGCCAACAUGUCGGCGCUCUCCUCAAGUUCCUUCUCUCCGCAGUUCAGCUUCGCCACACCGGGAGCAAGUGGGAACAACGAAGUAGGGGGCAACUACAAUGACCCCAUGUUCGGCGGGUUGCCUACAAAUGCAUUUGGCAGUCCAGCCGCGUGGCACGGGGACGAAGGUAGAAACAAGGUAGCCGGUGUCGCCGCCCCCAGCCCGGGAAACAAGAGCAACAAUGGAAGCACCGGCACUGGCCCAGGUGAGGAGAAGGACCCCUUCUUGAGCCUCCUGGAGCAACUCGCGGAGAACGAGCACCAGUUCGCCCGAGGGCCAGGCAGCGAGCUCGACUUCUUUUUCAGCGGUAUUGGAGCGUCACAGUAG